CCACAAUGUAUAAAUUGAAUAUAUUUUAGUUUUACACAUUAAAGAUCGUAAAUGACUGCUCAGCCACUAUCCAAGACUCAAGCCUAGAAAGGUAAAUCAACAGAGGAAUCUGGUUAAUCUGCCAGUUCUACUACCUUUGAAGCAAUGACCUACAAUACUUCAAUCAGUAACACUACAUGUAGACCUCAGAAGCUGGUUAUUUUCAUCCCUAUUUUUCUAAGUGUGAUUUUUCUAAUUGGUUGUGUCCUGAGUGCCUUGAGUCUUUAUACCUUUUGGUUUCGCUUCAAGAAGUGGAAAACUGGAAUGAUCAUCCAGUUUCAUUUGGCUUUAUCAGAUAUGACAAUCGUGCCAGUAGCACCAUUUAUGAUCAGCUGUUUCUCCAUGGCAAAUCAUUGGCCAUUUGGACAGUUCCUGUGUCAGUUAAAAGUGUUCUUAUUAUUUAUACAUAUGUAUGGCAGUAUCUACUUUCUGACUUUGGUGAGCAUGCAUAGGUAUAUCACAGUGGUACGUUUGACUAAACAUAACAUUUUUAAGGACCAAAGAUUUGUGAAGUCAAUUUGUGUAGGCAUAUGGAUUUUCCUCUUUAUAAAUGCAUUGCCAUUCUUUUUUGUCCUCAAAACAUCAGAAGGGUACAAUAUUACCCAAUGUUUACGUGUGCACCAAACUGAAAUGUCAACUGUCUAUUUCACAUGGAGUAUGGUAAUUUUAUUUCCUGGGUUCAUCAUCCCAUUUGGAGUUUCUGUCACUUGCUAUAUCCUGCUUGGAUCUUAUAUCGUUAAAAUGGAUACCACCCUUGCAAGGGGAAAAGCAAUGAAAGUGAAAUCGAUAGGGAUGAUUGCUGUGUCUCUGGUUACAUUUCUCGUUUGCUGUUUGCCGGUACAGGUGUCGCGUUUAGUUGCUGUUACAGUGAAACAGUUCCACCCUGAGAGUUGCGAGUUGCUGUACAAGAUCGAAGAUAUUUAUUAUAUAUCUAUUGUGUUUGCCAAUGUGAACUGUUGCUUGGAUCCUCUACUCUAUUGGUUUACCAGCAGGAAAUUUCAAGAAGCUUUCAAAAGUACUCUAAGUGCAUUGAGAUGCCAUUGCAAAGAGCAGAAUCAACAGAACUUCAACACAGAUAACUCAACUACUGCAGCAAGACCCGUUGAUUAGACAAUGAAAUGCUUUGCCACAAGUUUAUUACAAAUGACCCCUCAUUGUGCUUAUAAUUAUCUUAAACACAAUUGUGUAUCUUUUAGUGAAUCAAUUAUAACCA